AUGAAUCGAAGAAGGCCGAGAACGGCCGCAUCGACCAUUGCAGCACCUAAUGUUCGUGAUAUAAUUUGCACUAUCAGUGAAUCUCGUGGUAUAUCUCCUGUUGUUGGCUUGGCAUUUGUGGACCUUACUACUGCAGAGGUUGUGCUCUGCCAGAUCUGCGACAGCCAAACCUAUGUGAGAACGCUUCAUAAGAUCAGCGUGUACGAUCCAGUGGAAAUUUUGAUGCCAGGUACCUCUGUUUCGAAAUCGAAGCUCUACCCUCUCAUACAGCAGAACUUUCCUGAUGUAAGCUUCCGGUUGCUGGACCGGAAUUACUGGAAUCAAAGCACCGGGCUCGAGUAUAUUCAGAGGGUAGCUUUCGAGGAGGAUAUCGAAGCUAUAAAACUUUCAAUUGAAGGCAACUACUUUGCAAUCUGCAGUGUUGGAGCUGCUCUUAGAUAUACUGAACUAGGACGUUCCGUUACAUUUCCAUCCCACUCGCUGAGAGUGAGAUAUGAGCCCUCGGAAGGAUCAAUGAUGAUCGACCGCCUGACUGUUCAGGCACUUGAGUUGACCCAAAAUCUCCAAAGUGCAAAAUCCAAGCACAGCCUAUUUGGCAUACUCAACAGUACAAUGACUCCGAUGGGAGCAAGGUUGCUCAAAAAUAACAUAUUACAGCCAUUAAUUGAUGAGCAAACUAUUCAGGCGAGGUAUGAGGCGGUAGCAGAGCUUACGUCAAAGGAGCAGAUGCUUCAUACUGCCAGACAAGCUCUCAAAGUGCUUCCUGAUGGUGAUCGUCUUCUUACGGCCCUGAUUCUAACACCCUCAAAACACACAGCGGCCUAUAUUGAGCAGUCAAUCAACAUGUCUGGUGUUAAUGGCCUGCUCGAUAUCGCGCGGCAAACGUACAAAGAAGCAAGUGCCGAUGUUUAUGAUAUGAUCACCGCUCUAGGAGAGGAGCUUGAUCUCGCAUUGACCCUCAAAUAUGAUACUGCUCAUCAAUUCUAUCUCCGAUUUCCUGCUGCUGAUAUAGAAGACCGCGCUUUUCCCAGCGUGUUUAUCAACGUCUUUAAAAAGAAACACUUUUAUGAAUGCCAGACCUUGGAUCUCGUGAAACUUAACCAGAAAAUUGUUGAUGCCCACAAUGAAGUUCUGUUAUUGAGCGACUCGGCCGUACAGGAGCUCAUAGAAAAGGUUCAUGGUGAAAUACCCGGCCUUUUCAAGAUUUGCGAAGGCGUUGCUAUGCUUGACAUGCUUGCAUCUUUUGCACAUAUCUCCGCAACGAGUGACUAUGUUCGGCCUGAACUUACCGAUACUUUGGCAAUCAAGGCCGGACGACAUGCGAUUCGAGAGAAGAUACACACGGAAAGAUUCAUCCCGAAUGAUGUCUAUGCAAGCCAGCAGUCACGCUUCCAGAUCAUCACAGGGAAGAGUACCUAUAUUCGCUCUAUAGCUUUGAUGACAGUCAUGGCACAAAUCGGCUCUUUCGUACCUGCACAAUACGCAUCAUUUCCAAUCACUCACCAACUCUUCGCACGAGUCUCCAUUGACGAUUGCAUCGAAGCCAACAUGUCCAGUUUCUCAGCAGAAAUGCGAGAGACUGCGUUCAUUUUAAGAAAUAUCAACAGGCGAAGCAUGGUCAUUAUCGAUGAGCUCGGUCGUGGCACAAGCACUCGUGAUGGGCUUGCAAUUGCACUGGCUGUUGCAGAAGCCCUAGUAGAAAGCAUGGCAGUCGUCUGGUUUGUGACUCACUUUCGAGACCUUGCAACGAUCAUGGCGGAACGAAGUGGGGUUGUCAACCUGCACCUCGCUGUUGAAAUGUCCAACUCCAAUGAGAUGACCAUGCUUUACAAGAUCUCAGACGGCUGCGUACAAGAGAAAUACUACGGCCUUUCUAUAGCCCGAGUCAUGGACUUCCCACCCUCUGUUAUUGAAGUCGCCACUGCUGUUUCCAGAGACCUGAAUUUACGCAACGAGAAACAAAAGAGAAAAGCCAAGGAUCUCAACCUUUCACGACGACAGAAAUUGGUCCUCAGCCUACGUGAAUCUCUAAAGCAGGCUGCGGAUGGACCCCUCGAGGGCAAAGCGCUCGCAUCCUGGCUACGCAAGCUUCAGACAGAAUUUAUCCAUCGCGCCGCGAGCUUGCAAGACGACAUCGAGUCCGAAGAUGGUACUACUGAAGCAGAAUGUACGAAUAUGGACGAAGAGGAUGGUACGGAUAGUACAGCAAUCGAAGGAAGUUAUACAUCCACAGUCCGCAACGCUCUUGCACACGAUAGUGAAACUCCAUCCAAUAAUUACGAUACCAGCGAAUACGGCUUCAACAGUGCCCCCGAUUCGAAUCUUUCAACUCCAAACGAGAGUCAAGUCCAUGACUUGUUACUGUCUGAAAUCGCCGCGGCUGCUGGUGCUCGCCCUGGCCCUAGACCUGAUCCUGCACCACCUGUCUAUCCCGAUUCAUCUCCGCAUUCUUCUGCACUAUUGACAUCACCACCGAAUAUGAUCAAAACCAGCCAUUAUCCUGGCACCCGCACUAGACCAAAUCCAUCCUUUCCCACAAAAGCGCAUCCCCAGUUUACUUCCGACGACAGAUACGAUAUCAUUACACACACUCAGCCCAGCGAUCCGUUUUAUAUCUUCGCACGUGAAUCACAUGACGCCUCACCCGCUACAGCACCAUUUGAGUCCUUCGCCGCUGCUACUCUCCCCGAUGACCACUUUGCGGAUGAUGACCAGACUCAAACAGAGCAUGUGAAUGUUCCCGUGUCUGAACUCCAGAGUAUGUAUGCAGAUUCCGAACUCAAUCACUAUGAUGAUCGGCCUGAGGGAAGUCUGGACUACGAUUUCCCGGACGAAAACAACAACAAUAACAACGAGCACAGUUUUAUCCCUAAUGAUGAUGAUGAUAAUGAUGAUGAUGUCAAUCACGAGGAUGAUGACUAUUCGCUGGACCUGCGGACAGAUAUGACUCGAUCGCGUUUCUUCAUGUCUCGUCCUUCUUCUCCUUCUCCUUCUCCUCCUCGUUCUCUUUCUGCUUCUGCCUCUUCCUCUGCAUUGCGUCGUGCGGGCUAA